AUGACCGAAAACUUGCAGUUGCUCCAAGAUAAAAAAAUUACAAUGGUAAACACGUCCAAGAUCGCCACAAUAUCCGACAGUGUUACACCAAUGCUUCAUGCACUUACUCAUUUAAACACGAAAACGAAAGACGUUCCAACUAAACGAGACAUCCACACAGUGAUGACGUACCUCUAUGAUAAUGAACAAGCAUUGGACAAGUCGAUUGAAGAAAUGUUUGAAGUCAGCAGGGCAAUGUUUGCCACUGCAAUUCAGUACAUGGUAGCAAGAUCCAUUAUUAGUAAAGUUGGCUGACAAGCUGGCACUGGAAAACGAAAACACCAAACGUUCAAGACAGGAAAAGAUGUGAAAGCUCUCCGUUGCUUCCUAGAAAAAGAAUGUUUAGAGAAUUGCCCACAGACAUCGAGCGGAAGUUCCAACUUACACCCAAGACGAGCACUCCUCCAGCAACUACAAGCUGAUGAUAGUGAGGAUGAUCAUGAUGUGGCCCAACAAGCAACAACAAGCGUACGAAAGACACCCAAGAGGACCGUAUCUGAAGAUAGUGAGGCAUCACCAUCACAAGAAGUUGAAGAAACCACUGCUCCUAAGUGGACAAAAUCCAAAAAGAGCAAGAGCAAAGGACAUUUUGACUUAUCAAAUAUAUACAAAGAUUCCAUUACUAAAAUUCGAUUAUGA